AUGGAGGUUCAAUGCGACGAUAAAAAUCGUCUAGGCUUACCACUCUAUGUCCUUGUCUUCCGUGUAAAAGAUGCAUUGCCGCGCGGGGUGAGUCCAGUCUACUUUGAAUGGCCAUCGGUAAUAAACCAUUUAUCGCACACCGAAUAUAUCGCCGAAGACGUGCGAAGCGAAGGCGAGCCCGCGUGUUGCAUCUUGGUACUGGUGUGGUGGAGUUCAAAUUUCUGCAAGCUGAUUCGAUUCGAGGUGAAUGACCUGCUUCGUAUGAUUUUGUUUUGUUUG